UCUGUAGUAAAUAUACAUUGAAUUUCAAAGAAGCUAAAGACAAGCUAAAGUUAAGGUUCCUAUGCCAGGGAUAACCUGAGGCAAUGUUAAUUUUGUAGUGGACCGCUUAAUAUGGGCAAAUUGAGGGCCCUGUUCUCUAGCGAUGAAGCUCUCCUGCAAAGACGAGGUUACACCGUUGGAACUGAGCUGGGCGAGGGAACUUAUUCAAAGGUGAAAAUAGCGACAUGGGUGCGACCAGGAGAGAAAGCGGGAAUCAAAGUAGCUUUAAAAAUAAUCAACAAGAAAACUGCCCCUUCGGAUUUCAAAGAGAAAUUUUUACCGCGGGAGUUGGAAAUUAUAGAAAAAAUUGAUCAUCCAAACAUUAUUAGAAGAUAUGAAUCUUUCGAACUAGGUGGCAAAGUUUAUAUCUGUCUUGAAUGGGCUGGCCAUGGAGAUCUUCUGCAACAUGUACGUCUGAAGGGUCCACUGAAAGAUCAAGAAUCGAGUAAAUAUUUUCGAGAAAUGUGCACGGGCGUCGAGUAUUUACACAAAAACGGGAUUGUUCACAGAGAUUUGAAGUGUGAAAAUGUCCUUCUAAGCAAGAGAAACUCUGCCAAGAUUGCUGACUUCGGAUUCGCUCGUACCAUAGGUCCAAUGGAAAAGAGCAAAACAUAUUGUGGAAGUGCUGCAUACGCUGCUCCGGAAUUGCUACAAGGAAUGCCGUAUAAAGGCGUCAUUGCAGAUAUCUGGAGUUUAGGAGUUAUUUUGUACAUUAUGAGUUGCUCAUCAAUGCCGUUUAGAGAUGGAAAUAUUAAAACUCUUCUGUCAGACCAAAAAGCACCUCUGCACAUCCCACGAAGCGUGGUAAAUACUCUUGCUACUGAUUUGAAAGAUCUUCUACUCAAGAUUUUAAACUUCAAUCUCGAACAACGUUACACUUUGCCAAAAAUAAAAGAGCACGGUUGGGUGAAAAGAUGUGCUGAAGGACGAUUUGACGUUAAGCCAACAGCCGGGUCGUCAAAAUCCUAGACGGACAACAUGGAAGUCUCUUGUGUUUGUGCAAUAUACUAAUUAAGUUUUACGAGCUUUCUAUCAUUUUAUGUUCACUUGUUGCAACCUUGUAACGAUGCACUUUGUCUUCAAAUGAAAUAAAAUCAUAUACCGAU